AUGGAGCAUCUGAGCAUUAACCCGUCUCUGAUGGACCGAUCUCCAUUGUCGGCGUUUAAACCCGGCCAUUCCCGCAGUAACAGCACCGGCUCGUCACGCCACUCCAGACAGAAUUCCAGGGACUGGGAGGUGAUGUCGGAUAUCCAGCACAAUCAGACCGCCCCCGACAGGAACAGCAUCCCCGGAAUAUGUGAGGGAUUCCUCAUGAAGAAGAGGAAGUACCCGCUUCAGGGUUGGCACAAGAGGUACUUUGUGCUGGAGAAGGGGAUCCUGAGAUACGCCAAAACUCAGCAGGACGUUAGACGAGGGAAGAGUCACGGCGUUCUGGACAUCAGUCUGGCUGUGAUGUCUGUCAACAAAAAAUCCAGACGGAUCGACCUGGACGCAGGAGAUAACAUCUACCACCUGAAGUCUAAAAGCCCGGAGAUCUUUUUUAUUUGGAUGACCAAACUGACGGCGCAUCGCAUUUAUAAGAAGAACGAGGCGGUGAACAUCCACCACGGGGUCCUGCAGGCGCUCACGGAGGGGAACGACUCCGCCCUGCCCGCCAUGGCCAGCCUGGCACAGAGGAACAAGAACCUGAUGGAAGGGCUCCCACAGUACCAGAACUCCACCCAGCAGCCGGACGUGACGGGUUCUCCGUCUCCCGCCACGCCCCGGGUCAACGGUAAAGUCUCCGCUUGGCUGCAGCAAACCCAGCACGGCAACGCCUGCCAGCAAGAACUUUCCAGGUGUGAGCUGGACAUCGCUGAGCUGGGCAGGUUGAUCCAGAAGCUCCAGCUGUUGGAGGAGGAUCUGCCCGUCACCGACCUCAACCUGGAGAAGAAGAUCAGCAUGCAGAAUUUGGCUCUGCAGAAACCCAAGAGGAAACCUGGGAAACUGUGGGGACACAAUCGUGCGAUGUCUCACGGCAUGCUGUCCGUGAACCAUUUAGGCGUGUCCUCGUCCUACGGUCUGGGCGCGUCCCUGCAGUCCAUUCCGGAUUACGUUUACUCUCAGCUCUCCACGCCGGGCAGCACCACGCCCGAGGGGAAGAAGCUCCAGGAGAACAUCCACGCCGUCUCUGAGAGAGUCCACGCGUCUCUGAAGCAGAUCCACGAAGUGUUGGGUUUGGAGCGAGAGCGCCUCACGCAGGCCUGGAGCGGUCCGGACCUCCGCCAGUCCACCUCCGACCAGCUCGCCUCUCUCUGCACCACGAUCUCCGAGCUGGAGCUGAAGUCUCGUCUGACGAAGGUUCACUCGCUGUCUCUGUCCUCCGACUCGAGCGAGGAGUCCUUCCGCACCGUACGCCAGGAUCAGGCAUCCGUUCGCAGCCGGCUCUCCGUCGCCGAGUCCACAACCGAAUAUUUCGACGCUAACGAAAUGCUCGAGGACGAAACCUUAUCCGAAAACGAGGCUUCAGACGAGUCGGGCCUGAGCGAUGUCACCACCAGUAACUCUGAACCCGAGGAGGGACAAGCGGCGGUGGCGAAUAUCGGCAGGAAGUACCGCGUGAGUGUAUCCUGCGCCCCCGACGUUCCCUCCAGCGUCCCUAAAGAGACGGGGCGGCGCACGGUCCUGCCGGCGCCCUCUGCUGACAACAGCCACAUCGGAAUCCUCACCAUCCUGUAUAACAACAUAGGGAAGGACCUGUCGCGCGUCUCCAUGCCCGUCGCUCUCAACGAGCCGGUCAACUUCCUGCAGCGGGUCAGCGAGGAGCUGGAGUACUCCGAACUGCUGGACAUCGCCAACCACACCGACGACCCCUACCAGAGGAUGGUGUACAUGGCCGUGUUCUCCAUCUCUGGUUACGCCUGGGCUUCAUGGAGGAACCGUUAUAAACCGUUUAACCCGGUGCUGGGAGAGACGUACGAGAGCAUCAGGGAGGAUCGCGGCUUCCGCUACGUAGCCGAGCAGGUCUGUCAUCACCCGCCCAUCUCCGCAUGCCACGCAGAGUCAGAGAACUUCACCUUCUGGCAAGAUCAGAGAUGGAAGAACAAAUUCUGGGGGAAGUCGGUGGAGAUCAUCUCGACGGGAAUGGUGAACGUCUCUCUGCCCAGAUACGGAGAUCAUUACGAGUGGAACAAGGCGGUGACGUGCAUCCAUAACGUCUUCAGCCAGCAGCGGUGGCUGGAACACUACGGAGACGUGGUGAUCCGAAACCUGAAGAGCGACGUCUGUACCUGCAAAAUGACCUUCGUUCAGUCCCGGUACGGUGCUGGAGAGAAUAAGAAUGAGAUUCAGGGCGUGGUUCUGGAUCAGGCGGGUAACGUGGUGCAUCGUUUCGGCGGCUCGUGGCACGAGGGCAUCUUCUGCGACACGCUACCAGACCCACAAUGCAUCUGGAAGCCAAACCCCCAGCCAGAGGAUUAUUUCGAGUAUUAUGGAUUCUCUCAGUACGCCCGAGAGCUGAACGAGCUGACUCCUGAGCUGCAGGCUGUACUGCCCCCUACAGACUCCCGCUUCCGCCCGGACCAGAGACUCCUUGAGGAAGGUAAGGUGGCUGAAGCUGAUAGGAUCAAGGAUCAGGUGGAGGAGAAGCAGAGGGAACGGAGGAAGGACCUGGCUAAAAGGGGAGAGGAACACAUCCCACGGUUCUUCAGGAGAUCGGUGGACGCCGCUGGACAUGAAGUUUGGCUCAGUAAUGGAAAGUACUGGAGGAUCAGAGAGAAUCCCGGAUUUGCAAGGACGGAAAAUCUGAGCUUGUGGUGA